AUGUCGCCGCUCUGGACGUGGCCCGCGGCGACGGCCCCCGAACCCAAGACACUCGCGCACGCGUCUGAAGCGACUGCAGUGCCGUCGCCACCGUCGCCGACGUCCAAGCGCCUGCGACACGCGUCGCGCCACUCAAAGUCGUUCUCUGAUCUGCUCCACGUCGAGCGCGAGCGGCUGCAGGAGAUCCGACAGCUCGAAGUGGACGACCACGUGACGUUCCCGCGCGCGCUGCGGCAGAGCUGCGGCCCUGAGACGCUCAAGAGCGUAUACGACACACUGUCGAAAGUGUUUUCGUUUUUGCGCAGCGAAUUCGUUGCACCGCUGGCGCGCGAGCUGCGGAUCGUGCGCUUUGCAAAGCACGAGACGAUCUUUGGGCCGCAGGAACUCGAUGGGUCGAUUCUCCUCAUUGUGGACGGCUCUGCGACGCUGACGAUCCACGAAGAAGACGAGAUGAUGGACGAGAAGAUGGACGAGAAGAAGGACAAGAGAGAGGGCGCGAGGCCGCGUGGGUUUUCGAGAUUGCUGGAGCGAGGGGACACGCUGACGUCGUCGCUGCAGUUGCUGACAGUGCUGGUGAACGAGGUGCAAGGCGGAGCGUGUUGUACGCAAGUGCAGAAGGUGUGUGGCCGGCUGUCGGCGCGGGCGGGCGAGCACGGCGCGCGGUUGUUUAAGAUCCCGCCGCACGCGAUCCAGCAAGUGCUGGACACGUACCCCGAGGCGUUUUACCGCCUGGCGCAAGCCGCGCUGAGUCAAGUGGAAAAGAUCACGGCCAAGUCGUUGAUUGACCACUUUGGUCUGUCGUCCGAGAUCAUCACGGCAACGCCACUCGUGCAGACGCUGCCGCUUGAUGCUGGGAAAGACGAGGGUGCUGUGGUGGUGGAUUCGAUUGUUCAUGAGGUUGCUGACGCGAUUGGUUUGGUCGACUUGGAGUUGCGGGCGACGCUUGCUCGCAGCGUACAAGUGGUCAAGCGCUCGAAGGACCAGACGAUCCGUGAAGCUGGUGAUGCUUCGAGUGCACUGGGCGUGCACAUUGUACUGGACGGGUCGGUCAGUGUUCAAGUUGCAACAGCUUCGCAAACGUAUGCGGAGCUGUACAAAGCUACGAAAGGAAGUGAAGUCGGUAUUUCCACGUGCUUUGUUGGCGCGCAUUUCUUCGCGACCCGCAACGUGUGUCUUGAAGACACUACGUUGUUGUGCAUCCCCGAUGCGCUAUUCUGUAGUCUACUGCAGAUCAACUCGGUUGCUGUCAAAUGUACGCGCCACCUGAUCGAGCAAUACUCUGGCCUCGUGUGUGUAGCCGACACAUCCUUUGAAUGGCUGCAUCUUCACAGCGGGGAGAGUUUAUUCAAUCGUGGAGACGUGUGCGAUUCCGUGUUUACGGUCAUCAGUGGUCGUCUUCGUGUCGUGCAAACGCUGUCGCAUCGUGGCAAAGAGCUGGAGACGACGAACGAUCUUGUUCGAGGUGCUACGCUUGGCGCGAUGGAUAUGCUUUCGGCCGGGCCUAGCAAUUCUUCAGUGUUUGCAGUCCGCGAUUCCCAAAUCUCGCAGAUGUCUCGUAAUGUGUUUGACUACGUUGUGAGCAAGUACCCCUCCGUUCUGAUCCACUUCACCAAGAACUUGGCACGUCGCAUGCCAACUCCUCGAGUGGAUUCCCGAAAGGCUGAUACCAACAGUGUCAAGACCCGCGGUAACUACAUGCUUUCGCUUGGCUCGGGUCCUUCUGCCACGGAUGGGCAAAAGAUGGGCGGCAAUCUCCCGAUCAGCACCAUUGCUGUUCUCUCGCUGACUAAAAUGACCAAGAUCCGGACGUUCUGCUCGCAUUUGGAAGCGUCACUGAAAACCCUCGCCUCGGUCGAAACAGUGUCUUCGCAGGGAGCCAAGGCUUUUCUGGGUGACCAGUGGAUUGACAACUCUCGCGUCGCACGGGCGAAUCUCGUAGCCUGGAUGGGUGACAUCGAGAGCUCGAAUGAGCUGGUCAUUUACGAAGCUGACCCACAGAUGACAGCCUGGACGAAGCUCUGUAUUCGCCAGGCAGACCAUAUCUUGCUGCUCUGCUCGGAUGCACACCCACAGCAGGCGUUUGUGAGUGAUAUGGUGUUGAUUUUGGAAGGUGCGUGGGACAAAAGAGAUGCCAAGAUCAACGUUGUGCGUAUCCGCGAAAAGGACUGGACGCUGGCGGCAUUGAAAGCGGCUGCAAUACAGGAGGCCAAUGGGUCGUCGCGUUCGUACGCGUUGAAACGAAAGCUGUGUCUACAAAUGGACAGUCCGUUGUUGCCGCGCUUCAUUCUUCCGAUGGAGAAGUAUGAAUGGAUCUGCGGUUACCACAAUGUGCAAAUUCCGUUCGAAGACCAUUCCCCAGACUUUAUGCGUCUGAGUCGUCGGAUCACUGGAAACGCCGUUGGCAUAGUGCUUGGCGGUGGCGGUGCGAGAGGUCUGGCGCACAUAGGCGUGCUACGGGCGCUAGAAGAGUGUGGCAUCCACGUCGAUGUGGUUGGCGGUACCAGCAUUGGCGCGUUCAUUGGCGGCAUCUUUGCGCUCCACCCGAACAAUCUGAGCUUGGUCGAGGCGAAAGUACGGCAGCUAUCAGCUGGUUUGAGCAGCAUCUUUGAGAAGCUGUGCGACCUCACUUUGCCGAUUUCGUCUUUUUUCAAUGGCACGCGUUUCAACAGAAGCAUCCGAGCGCACUUCUACGACCUCUCGAUCGAGGACUUGAUGCUGAAUUACUUUUGCGUGUCCACGGAUAUCGCAAAGUCUCGAAUGAGUGUACACCGCAGUGGCCCGGUGUGGAAGUACAUACGAGCAUCAAUGAGUUUGCAAGGCUACUUUCCUCCAAUUUCAGAGAACGGUUCAUUGCUGCUAGAUGGCGGGUACAUGAACAACCUCCCAGCUGACGUCAUGAAGGAGGAAGGCGGCAUCAAGUACAUUUUUGCAGUGGACGUAGCGAGCGAGACACGUACUUUGUUUUACGAAUAUGGCAGUGCGCUGUCAGGAUGGUGGCUGCUGUGGAAUAAGCUGAACCCGUUCGCAGGAACUGUGGUAGUGCCUUCCAUGGGCGAUAUCUCAGCAGCGUUGGCUUAUGUUUCAUCGGAACAGCAUAAGGAACGUGUCAAGGAGGAAUGCAUUGAUUUAUACUUACGUCCACCGGUCAAGGACUACGGUACUUUGGAGUUCAAUAAGAUGGAAGAGAUUAUUGAAGUUGGCUACCAGUACGCGCUGCCUCGGAUACAAGCAUGGACGGCUCGGGUACUAGACGCUGAGCCUGGUGCCGACAUCAAGCGAACGAAGAAUGCAGCGACGUCAUCGUCCAAGCGGAGCGUCACUGCGUGA